AUGUCCGAAGAAGUUGCCAGGAUAAUAAUGGAUUUACUGACAAUGGAACCUGCGUAUGUGAAUAUUAUAUCACCACCCUAUGAUGCUUGGGAAAUGUAUGAGAAAAAAGUUGUUAAAACCUUUUCAUGCUUAAAGAGGGCAACUUACCUGGGUCAGCAGACUGAAACGUUAGAAAUAGAGCAGAUCUAUUGGACCGAAUACAUUACCUUCAAUAAGAUUAGGCGAUUAAGUGUGCAAGAGUACUGA